AUGGCCCUCAGAGGACUGCUCCUGCUCUGGUCCUUCUACAACACGGGGGUCCUGGCAGAAGACAGCUCAGAGCUGUUCAGGCUGGUGGGAGGGGCCAGUCGCUGUGCUGGGAUUGUGGAGGUGAAACUCGGCGGAGAGUGGAAACGGAUGAGGUCCGUUGGAUUCUGGUACCAGGAGAACACAGCUGCUGUGUGCAGAAACCUGGACUGUGUGGAGGUGAACUGUUCAGAGUCGGUGCGGUUGGUCUCAGGGUCUGGUCUGUGCUCAGGAUUAGUGCAGUUCUGGGACGGGUCCUGGACUGGGGUCUGUGAUGGGGACUUGGACCAGCAGGGGGCAGAGGUGCUGUGCAGGGAGCUGGGGUGUGGGGCUCCUUCUCUCCUCCAGGGGGCGCUCUCUCCUCUGGGGCAGACGUUCCACUGUGAGGGCCAUGAAUCUGCUCUGAUGGACUGUCCCCGCUCUGGCUCAAGGACCUGCUCCUCUGGAGCCACUGUCAACCUCACCUGCUCAGAGCUCAGGCUUGUGGGAGGGGCCAGUCGCUGUUCUGGGACUGUGGAGGUGAAAUUCAGAGGAGAGUGGAGACGGGUGUGGCCAUUUGGACUCUGGGACCAGGAGAACACAGCUGCUGUGUGCAGAGACCUGGACUGUGGCUCAACUCUUUAUGGAGAAGAGAGAGGUGAUUUUCCACAGAGUCCUGUGUGGAGGGUCUCAGCUGACUGUGUGAAGAAGUCUUCAAUGAGAGGAUGUGUCUUUGAUUCAUCCCCCUCCUCUCCUCAGCGUGUGGAGGUGGUGUGUUCAGACUCGGUGCGGUUGGUCUCAGGGUCUGGUCUGUGCUCAGGAUUAGUGCAGUUCUGGGACGGGUCCUGGACUGGGGUCUGUGACGGGGACUUGGACCAGCAGGGGGCAGAGGUGCUGUGCAGGGAGCUGGGGUGUGGGGCUCCUUCUCUCCUCCAGGGGGCGCUCUCUCCUCUGGGGCAGACGUUCCACUGUGAGGGCCAUGAAUCUGCUCUGAUGGACUGUCCCCGCUCUGGCUCAAGGACCUGCUCCUCUGGAGCCACUGUCAACCUCACCUGCUCAGAGCCGCUCAGGUUGGCGGGAGGGGCCAGUCGCUGUGCUGGGACUGUGGAGGUGAAACAUGGAGGAGAGUGGAGACGGGUGUAUCCCUCUGGAUUCUGGGACCAGGAGGACACAGCUGCUGUGUGCAGAGACCUGAACUGUGGUUCUGCUGUUUAUGGAAAAGAGAGAGCUAAUUUUUCACAGAGUCUUGUGGUGUUGGUCUCAGCUAACUGUGUGAAGAAGUUUUCACUGAGAGAAUGUGCCUCUGAGUCAUCCUCCUCAUCCUCGGGUCUGGAGGUGGUGUGUUCAGACUUACUGAAUCGUCCAAUCAUCUCAGUGUCUGUGUCUGAAGGGGCGUCUGAGGUCCAGCCUCAGGGGGUGCGGGUGCAGCUGGGCUCAAAGUUCAGGGUCAAAUGCUCUGUGGAGCCACAGUACCCGGGAGGCUCCUUCCGGCUCCUCUCUCCCACCGCACCCCCCACUCAGAACCGCACCCUGCCCGCCGUCAGUCACUCCGCCCACUUCCUGUUCUCUGACACUGACCACGCCCACAAAGGAAACUACACCUGUGUUUACCUCCUGCAGGUGUUCGACCACAGCUUCUCCUCUCAGAGCCCCAGCCUCCAGCUCUUUCUGGGAGAGUCAGACUCAGACCUGAUCAUCAGAGUUGUGGUGAUGCUUCUGUUGAUGCUCCUGUACAUCCUCCCAAUGUCCUACUGCUACUGCAAGGUCCGGGCCAGAAGGGGCGCUAGAGUGAGGACCUCAGAGGUUCUGGAGUUAGACCUGAUGAGAUCCCCAUGA